UGAUAAUCAUGGUUUUGAUUUUUACAGAAAUUUGAUGAAUAUCUCCUAAGUAAACAGGAAAGUGAAGAAUUUCAUUCAAAAGACACUGCAUCGUCAAAUGCAUCCCUUCCUGGCUCACAACAGGAACCAUCCUCUAUGACACCCAGAACUAAUGAGACAUCCAAAGAAUAUGAUGGCAUUGAAAUAAACCUAAUGAUUGAUUCAAUUUCUAAUGUAUCUCUUGAUGUCAUCGUUAACAGCACCAAUAAAAACCUUGAGCUUAACAAUGGUUCUAUCUCCAAAUUUAUUCUCCUUGCUGCUGGUCCUGAGAUACAAAACGAAUGUAACCAGAGAUAUCCUCAAGGUAUUUCUACAUCUAAAAUAGCCGUCACUAAAGGAUAUAACCUCAACUGUAAGAAUGUAUUUCAUCUGGUAUUACCUCCCUGGGAUGAAAAUUCCCCUGAUUCAAUUCUGGCAAACUUGACUCAAAUAAUAACCACUUGUCUGGAAAAGGCUGAGGGAUUGGGAGCAAAAAGCCUUGCAUUUCCUAUAUUAGGGGCUGGAACAUUGAAGUACCCCAUUGAAAACCUACCCAGAACAAUGUAUGAAGCAGUGAAAAACUACUCAGAUCUAAAUUCAAGCCAGAUCAAAGUUGUAAACUUUGUGGUUUAUCCUCAAGACACAGAAAUAGCAAAGCUAUUUACUGAAUAUCUAAAUAGAGAGAAAAAUGAAGGAUUUCAUUCAAAAGAUGAUGAAGAUAUAGAUGAUGAAGAUGAUGAAGAUAAAGAAAUAGAAUAUGAUGUCUCUGCUGGUCAAAAGACGUUGGUGUCACAUUGAAAUUCUUUGCUAAAU